CAUCCAAGGACGCUUGUGGAGCCUAUGAGCUGCUUACAGGAGCUGAACAUAUCCCAGGGGGCCUUCAAGCAGAGGGAGCAGCACAGGCAGCCUGCCCAGUAACCAACAUGGAGCAGAAGAUCAGCUCUUUCUUUAAUUCCAUUUUGGAGCUCAUCCGUACCAAGCAUGAGGAAGGCGUCUUCAACACUGUCUGCCUGGCCGUGCUGAUGGGUCUGCCCUUCGUCGUCCUCAUUGCGUUCAUUUUCAUCUGCUGCCACUGCUGCUUCUGCAGCCGGAGGGGGAAAAGCAGGAAGAAAGGUGGCACCAGCAGCAAUGGGCAGCUGCACACCGAGAGGAACAAGAAGAAAAAGAAGAAGAAGAAGAAGGAUGAAGAGGACCUAUGGAUCUCUGCUCAGCCCAAGCUGCUCUUGCUGGACAAGAGACCGUCCUUGCCCAUCUAGCAGACAGGAGGGCGUUCAAGCCCUCCUCUCUGAGAUGCCACCAGUCCUUUCAGCUGUGCACUAUGAGGGGCGAGCAAAUGCCAAAGCUGCUGCCACUUUAUAGUGACUUUCAAAAGAGGCUGAGCCCAGCAGCUCACCAGCGUGUUGUUGAAGGGCCAGCAGAGAGCAAGGCAGUCAGGCACAGGUUUAUGCAAGCCCCUUCUCCCCCACCAUGAGAGCGUGCCUAAGGGCAGAAACCCCUGCAAAGGACAGGCAUGUGGACAUGUGCCCUGCUGAGCACACGAGGGUGACCUGCCACCAGGCCGUAUGUACCUCCUGCCAUGAGCACAAUGCACACGCUCUGGGCUAGCACGCAGUGACCUGGGUGCAAGGCUCUCCCUCUGCACUCCUGUGCAUUCACACGCCUCAUCGCGCGGACGAGGGUGCGCAGGACCACGUGCACUCAAAGACUGAGCUGCCUGCACGCUCCCCCUGCACCCACAUGAACAGCUGCAUGCAAAGCAAGCGCGGGCAUGCCUCGUCUGCUUGCCGUGCCACCGAGAUGGCACAGCUUGACUGCCUGGGCUCCGUCCAAACCCAGCUCACGCUGGAGAUGCAAAAAAAAAAAGCUGAGCGCAGACUUAGCCCACAAUUCAAAGAUGUGCCAUCUCCCUGGCCACCGAACCAAAGGCAACCGAGAGCAUCUGAACACAGGUGCCCUCAGCUCAACCUUAGGGACCUCAAGAUGCCAUCUUAAGCAGCAAAGCAGAUGGAUGUGUUGCCACCCAGGCUAGGAGCGGGGAGGAGAGAGGAGGUUGCAAGACCAGCCCUUUUGCACCAGCACUUAAAAACAUAUCUUCCUUAAAAAGACUGUUUUAUACAGACUUGCCUUUAGAGAGCCCACCACGCUACUGCAAGAGCAGAAAUGCAAGCUGAGGCUGUGUAAAGGCUUGGCUAUGGGCAUUAUAGUUAUUUAUUGAAUGACUACUAAAGAAGAGCAGGACCAAAGGCCCCUCUUGUUGUGGGCUAGGCACACCGAAGCAGUAUUGAAGCAGCAGACAUGCUUUCCCGGCACACUCGGCCGCUCCCCCUCCCUGCUGCCCUCGUGCCACGCACAAGGCACACGCAGACCCACGAGCACGCGCUGCCGCCAGCUGAUGCCACACAGGCAGGUUUCUGUACAGCCGUCAAGCCAGCCGGCUUUGGGAUUUGGGAUGUACUGUAGGAGCAGAGGGGAGUAAAGUUCAUGCCCACAGUCAUCCCUUACCCAGGGAUGCAUCAUACAGCUGGACCCUGCAUCGCUCUCCGUCCUCAUCUCCCUUGAACGUGCAGCAGCUCGGCCGAGCACAGCAGCUAACCAGACCACACAUGGCUCUCACCCCUACUCUGGCUUUGACCCUCUGCUAGCCCUGUGCCUGCAUGCCCAGCCUACCUCCUGAGGAGCUGGGGGGUCUCCUCUGCCCCCCGCUCUCUGCCCUGCCAGGCUCCAUCUCCCCCAGCUUGUUCUGCUAGCAAGGGAUACACACGUGUGAUGAGAAGCCCCAUCACAUUUGGCUUUUGCCUUGCAUCUGUACACUGGAUGUUUUCCUCCCACUUUCUUCCACUUCUUAAGCUGCCGGAGCAGACUGGAGCUGCCAGCCAGAGCCAGACAUCUGGGGGACAAGCCUGGACGGAGCUGCCAGACAUGACCGCUUCCAGCCCGGGCAAGGGCGAUGCCACCUACCCUGGCUCCCGGGGCACACACCGGCGGGGGGGCAAAGCCACUGGUUAAGAGCUGCCGCUCGUGCCACCCAGUCCCAGCGCAGCCUGUUUUGUCCGACCCAGACAGGGCGGUGAUGUUAACAUCACAUCACAGUUUUGGCUGCGUGCGGCUGUGCUGGUAACAGCCAGGAGGCCAGGCUCCUCCUCACACAGCCCUUUAAAUUGACCCCACAUGUGCCUUAUUUUCCAGCUUCCUUUGUUAGCAUUGAAAUAAAUGACUCCCAAUUCCUCCAAAACAGGAAGCAACAUAUAAUGCUAUAAAAAAAAAGGGGAUUUGCCACACCUAAUCCUAGAGAGAAACAUGCAGGAAUAGCUCUGGUCUCUGUCCCAAACCCCUAGUCCAGCCAGGACGCUGGAGCACCAGCACUGCACUUGUAUUAUUCCUUCUUCCUUCCCUCCUUUCCCCCAGCCAGGUACUUUUCCCAGCCCUCCUGCCUCCAAGCUCACCAGGUGGGCAAAGCAGCCUCCUCCGGCAGGCAGGGGAGCUGCCCACGCAGGUGCUCCUGCUGCAAUCCAGAGGCACCAACAGCCCCGGAGGGAGGGCGGUGCUGCCUGGAGGAAUCAAAAAAAAAAAAAAAAAUCAGAGCAAAGGGAAACACAAUGGGAGGCCAGCGGCUUACCCAAGCAAGCAGGGGCACGGAGGCAGCCAGCUCCAGCAGAGUACAGCCUAUCUAGUGUAGUGCUGCUGGGCUUCGCAUGGCUCCCUGCAAGGAGGUCCUUCUCCGAAAGGGUUACCUGCUUAGUUUCAGGCGAGGGCAACAAGAACUAGUGAGCUGUCAAGAAAAUACCGGUGUUGUGUCACACACAACAUCUCCGAUCCAGGCUUUUAAGAGUUCAGAGCCAGGUCUGAAUUUCAAGAGCUCUCAAAAAAUCAUCAUUCAAGCCACCCCUGGGCUGGGCAGGGAAGGACCAGGAUCCAACCCUGCCCUGAUCCGUCUGACCAGCGGAUGGCCCGAGCCUCUACACCCCAUAAAGCACGGGGGCUGACUUGCUGGAGGAUUGCUGGUUUAGCCAAACCAGCCACUGAAUCAGCUGCUUCUUGAGACAAAAGCAAAAGAGCAGCAACAGCCUGAGGUGCAUCAGGACCCAUCAGCCAGGCAGCAGCAACCCUGCAGCACCCACACUAACAAGGCAGCAGGAGGCGCAUGGGCCCCCACUCUCCAGCCACCUCCGCGCUGC